AUGUCGAAAGACUACAAAUCGCAGCUGAAAGGCGUGAACGGUCAGCACUUCAAAGAGUUCUGGAAUAGCUUGCCAGAAAAGCAAGCAAACUGCAUUCGGGUCUUUCGCAUGGAUAGCAUGGGCCAUUUCACCGUCCAUGCGGAUGACACACGACAUAUGGUAGAAAUACUGCAGAAUGAAAACAGCAUCGUCAAGGCAAAAACAGAAGCGAAUACGACCAACAUGCCGUGGGCGAUGAUGAACUUGAUCCAGCUUCGCAUGCUUCUCAAGGAGCUCGUUUUCAUCCGUGGAUAUCGAGUGGAGAUAUAUGAGCGAGGCGAAGAGGAAGGACGAGAUGAGGAGUGGGAGGUCAACUAUGGAUCGCCAGGGAAUCUCUCCUGCGUCGAGCAUUUCAUCUUCGAUCCCUCGGGUGACUCCUACAUUCCGUCAACGAAAAUCAUGGGCUUGCAACUCAAAGGAGAACGCUACUCUCUCGCCAUCGUGGACGGCGAAGCCAGAGAAGUAGAAGUUGCGACGCUUGAUGAUGAUCCAAAACUGUCCAAUUUGGAGUCGAUCUUUAUCCAGUCGCAAGUUAAAGAAGUCCUCGUCACUUCUUCGAAUCCAAAACUCGAGCGGAUCGCCGAGCGUUGCCGCGCAAUGAUCACCAAAGUUCCCAAAUCAAAUUUCGAGCAGCCAAAGUCUGAAGAUUGCAAAUCUCUCUUUGCGAAAGGCUCAAUGAUCAAUGAUGGCGAGCAAAUGGGUUGCUUCCACGCGGCGGUGCAGUUUUUGAACAUGGGAAGUGGCAGUAGCGGCCCAUUGCUCUUCAAAGUCAGCCCGUUGAACAUGGCGAAUACGAUGCGACUGGACUCCUCGAUUUUCGAAAAUCUUCAUCUUUGUUCUGAUACAGAGAAGAGCUUGUUUUCAAUUUUGUCGAUGCACUGCGCCACGCCGCAUGGAAUACGCCGCGUUCGUCAGUGGAUAACUCAGCCGCUUAUGCUCGAAGAGUCGAUUCUUGAGCGCCAGAAUAUCGUCGCCGCUUUCAUCGAAAACGGAGAUGUACGAGAACGCCUUUCUUCCGUCGCCUUGAAGGGUAUACCGGACAUUACUCGCAUCGCGUUCAAAAUGAAGCAGACGGAAUCGGCAAAGGGGAUAAAUGCGAAGGCGACUCUGCGCAGCUUUUGUCGCAUUCACGAUUUGUGCAAGAGAGUUCCUGCGAUCAUCGAAAUAAUGAAAGAAGCAGAGGAUCCGAUCUUUGAACCAAUUCUCUCGCCGCUGAACAUCGUCGAUGGCAAAAUUCAAAAACUGAUUCUGCUAUUCGAAAGCCACAUCGACAUGGGCCGUCAUUCAUUGUCAAUUAAACGAGGCAUCAGCGGAGAGCUCGAUGAGCAAGUUGAAAAGGCGGACGAAGUCGUGUCCAGAAUGAAUGAACUCGUCGGAGAUGCAGCUGAAGAUCUAGACUUGGCGAUCUCCGAAGUGAGCAUCGUCGACGCUCCUGUCACAAUCGGAGGAAAGGUUUUCCGGGUUACAAACAAAAACGACAAGGCGGUUUCAUCCGCGGAGAAAAAGGGUCGAUACAGUCGUGUUUCAACCACCAAAGGCGCAAUCACCUUCACGAGUGGACGUCUUCAAGCCUUGUCCGAUGAAUUCAAUGAGUUUAACGUCAUCGUCCAAGAACUAACUCGCGAUAUUGUCCAAAGAAUGAUGGGCAUUGUAUUGAGCUACACUAAGUAUCUGCUACAAAUCGGAGAUGUCACUGGAUCAUUGGAUGCUCUCCUGGCUCUUGCUCAUUCUGCGCUGGCGGCGAGCGAACCAUGGGCGAAACCUGAGUUUGUGAAAGAGAAAGAAAUGGAAAUUGAGGAACUCCGCCACCCGAUUUUGGAAAGCCAACUAGCGGAAUGCGUACCAAACGAUGUGGCAAUGAGUGAGAGUCGACGAUUGAUGCUGUUAACCGGCCCAAAUAUGGGCGGGAAGUCAACGUUUCUACGUAGCGUUGGUCUUUGUUGCCUCCUUGCGCAAAUGGGGUCAUUUGUUCCUGCAGCUAGUGCUCGACUGCCAAUAGUAGACACAAUCAUCGCCCGAAUCGGGGCUGGAGAUAAUCUACAACGAGGCAUCUCGACUUUUCAGCACGAAAUGAUCGAAACAGAAGCAAUCUUCCGCUACGCCACAGAGCGUUCGCUGUUGCUUAUUGACGAACUUGGGCGAGGAACCAGCACCUGGGACGGUUUCGGAUUGGCGUAUGCGAUUUCGGAGCACAUUGCUACCAAAAUAAAAUCAUUGACGUUCUACGCGACCCACUACCACGAAAUGGCUAGCCUUGCAUUUCGCUGCGAAGGUGUUUUCAACAUGCACACUUCUGUCUUCGUCCGUGAUGGGAAAAUCACACACUUGUACAAAGUCUCCGAAGGCCCCUGUGCGCAGAGUUAUGGAAUUGAAAUCGCCAAAUUAGCGGGCUUCGAAGAAGGUGUUAUCCACCGCGCAAUCGAGCUAAAUGAGGAGAAGGAAGAAGUGGAACUGGCGCUUGCAACGGCUCAGCUGGACGACGAAACAUGGCGCAACUCGGUGGAGCUGAUGGAAGAAAUGGCGCAAAAAAAGAAAAAUGGAAAAGAGGAGGAUGCAGCAAUUGUGGAAUUCGUAGAUCGAAAACGAAAUUUGCUCAUCGAAGCGUGCACAAAUGCACUUCCCGCUAGUAAAAUGAAAAGACUAUCGCUCUAA